AUGGACAAAGAGAGAGCGGCCUAUCUGAAUAGCAUCGUCGACCGACUUGUCGACCUCAGCACAGCGGAAAGAACGACUGCUCUUACACAUCUGUACAACCUGCGCACUGCGGCCGUGGAAGACCUCAGUGACCUCAGCGACAAUCGACAACACUGGGACAUCGUGCUAGGCUCAUCCGAACAGCCAGACAAUGUGAGGGCUCUUGUCUGUGACCUCACCCAGCUUGCCGAUGAUGAGCUUGCUGUCAUCGGUAUGCAGGUGUCGGAUCGGUCGAACGUAGCGCACAAGCAAGUUUUGCAGACCGUUGACGAUGAGGAGAGGGCAAAGCUUCAGGCUCAGCUUGCAGCAAGCGCAAAGCAGGCACGUGAGAGCUAUAUGGCCGCUCGACAAGGCCUUGACAUGAAGCACAAAGCGAAGCUCGCGGAGAAGAUGAAGGACGUUCGAGACGCAAUCGAGCAAGGCAUCAAUACCGGCCAAGACGUAACGACACUCGAAGAGAUCUUCGACAGGAUCGAACAAGAGUUUUGGGAUCAGUAUCCCAGAUCAUCUGGCGGCCCAGAUAUCAAGACCGAGGAGCAAUGA